AUGGGACCAGUCUCUCCUCUUCCAAAAUAUCAGAAAUUAAGCCCUUGGAAAGGAGAUUUGGCCACGAUGACCCAUUUACAAGCUGGGCUUAGUCCAGAGACUAUAGAGAAAGCACGCCUGGAACUGAAUGAAAACCCAGAUGUUUUACAUCAGGAUAUUCAGCAAGUCAGGGACAUGAUCAUCACCAGACCUGACAUUGGAUUUUUGCGUACAGAUGAUGCCUUCAUCCUGAGAUUUCUCCGAGCCAGGAAGUUUCACCAAGCAGAUGCCUUUAGACUCCUGGCCCAGUACUUCCAAUACCGCCAGCUGAACCUGGACAUGUUCAAAAACUUCAAGGCGGAUGAUCCUGGCAUUAAGAGGGCUCUGAUUGACGGGUUCCCAGGAGUGCUGGAAAACCGUGACCACUACGGCAGGAAGAUUCUUCUGCUGUUUGCAGCCAAUUGGGAUCAGAGUAGGAACUCCUUCACAGACAUCCUCCGUGCCAUCCUGCUGUCCCUGGAAGUCCUUAUUGAAGAUCCUGAGCUUCAGAUAAAUGGCUUCAUUUUAAUUAUAGACUGGAGUAAUUUUUCCUUCAAACAAGCCUCCAAACUGACACCUUCAAUCCUAAAACUGGCCAUUGAAGGGUUGCAGGACAGCUUUCCUGCUCGCUUUGGAGGAGUUCAUUUCGUCAACCAGCCCUGGUACAUUCACGCAUUGUACACACUCAUCAAGCCAUUCCUUAAAGACAAGACCAGGAAGCGGAUUUUCCUUCAUGGAAACAAUUUAAACAGCCUUCACCAACUAAUACACCCUGAGUUUUUGCCCUCUGAAUUUGGAGGAACCCUUCCUCCUUAUGACAUGGGAACUUGGGCCCGGACGUUACUUGGUCCUGACUACAGCGAUGAGAAUGACUAUACUCACACUUCCUAUAAUGCAAUGCACGUGAAGCAUACGUCCUCCAAUCUGGAGAGAGAAUGCUCGCCCAAGCCGAUGAAAAGAUCUCAGUCUGUGGUUGAAGCUGGGACCCUGAAACAUGAGGACAAGGGAGAGAAUGAGAACACUCAGCCACUCCUGGCUCUGGACUGA